AUGAAUUCAUGCCUGACUUCAGCAAUGCCGUAUAAUGGAGCACUUAAUUUAAAGUUCUUGGAUAGAGACAUGAUUGCGAAACACCUUGAUAGACCGUUCGGAUUUGGUGAGAAUUUGAAAAUUUUAUUUUGGCAGGCGAUUACAGGUAAAUGGAUUUUUGGGGAAAUAGAGUCGGGUAAACGUACUGCAUCAGGAGUAGUAUUAUCAAUAAUCCCGUUUGUUGACGAAUAUGUCUACGAACAUUAG